AUGACACUUAACCCAGCUAAUGGUACUCCAGGUAGCGAAAAUGCUGCUCAAUCAAAUGAACAGGUGGCCACAGAUCGAGUUAGCUUUCUUAAGUUAAAAACAAAAGCAAUAUUCAACCGGCUUGAGCGAAUAGCUGCCGAGAUGGACAGUGAUAAGCUGCACGGGAUGGACGAAUACGCUCUGACGGCACUACUGGACUCAUUGGGGGAACUGAAGUCGAGUUUCAACGGUGCGCACACAAGCUUGGAGGAAUUGGAUUUCGAUUCAAUUUGCAGCGAUCUGCCUGGUAAAUUCGACUCCAAUUUAGUUAACCUCAGAUCCACUCUGCAGCGUGAAAUUGGAAAGCGUAGUGCACCUCAGCUAUGCUCCACAUUCAGGGUUAACGCCAAUGAGUCGCAAUCAAUUAUAGUGAACACCAACCGAUCACGCUUGCCGUUACUUACACUGCCAAAGUUCACUGGUGCCUAUACUGAGUGGACAAACUUCUUCUCCAUGUUCGUAUCUGUCAUCGACAAGGAUAGCGACCUUACGCCGGUCGACAAGCUUCAACAUCUACGUUCCUGCCUGAGUGGUGCAGCGCUGGAUACCAUACGUUCUCUAGAAAUAAAUGAGGCUAAUUAUAAAAAUGCAUUAGAUCUUUUGCAUAAGCGUUUUGAUAACAAGCGUCUUAUAUUUCAGGCACACAUCAGGGAGAUCUUCGGGCUGGGCAAAGCAGAUGGGUCAGUAGGCAGGCUACGGGAACUAACUGACAAAGUCACCGCUCACAUACGUGCACUGCAAUCGCUUGGGUCCAAGGAGCAAAUAUCCGACUGUAUCAUUGUACAACUACUAAUACAGAAGUUAGACAAAGCGACUCAAUCCAAAUGGGAGGAGAAUUCGCCGACAAACGAACUACCUUCGUGGGACCAGUUAUCUACCUUUCUGGAGAAGCGCUGUAGAACGCUCGAAAACGUCGAACACGUUAUGCAAACACCAGUUGGUCAAGCUGGUAAAUCUGGUAAAAACAAAAUCCAGAGGAUUUAGACGUAUUGACGCCAGGGCAUUUCCUGAUUGGUGGUCCACUAAUAGCUCUACCUGAACCUGACCUGAGACAUUUAAAUUCUAAUCGUCU